AUGCAUCGGGAUGAGGACCUCGGCCGCCGUGAUGACAUCUACUCGCUGCUGUUCAUGUUCAUCGAGCUGCACUCGGGGCUACCGUGGCAGGAGGACAAAAACAAGGACGACAUCUCGUCGAAGAAGCUCUACUUCGAGGAGCACCCCGCCGAGCUCGCCAAGAUUUUGCCAGCCGAACUGGACGGCAACUUCCCAGCCCUGCGCCUGUUGACCUUCUACUCGCGCCCAAACUACCGUACCGUCUACGAGGGACUGCUCGCCAUCAUGAAGAGAUGCCGCGUGAAGAUGACGGAUCGCUACGACUUCGAGACGGAGAGCGAGCACGCCGCUUGGGUCUCCGCCGAAGGCUUGAAGGGCAACUUGCGCGAGGUGAUGCAGGGCCUGGCCCGCCUCGAUUCCACCGUCGUCGACAUCGAUACCAAGGUCGCUCAGCUCUCGCUUUCGUCCCAGAAAGUCUUCACCGCGCAAAAGUGGACGUCGGAUCUACUGAAGGUCGAGACGCGCACCCUCGAGGAUGAUAGCGGCAGGCGGGCGACGCGCGGACCUGAGCCGGAAGCCCCAAAGACAUACCAGCCAAUCAAUCUGGGACGCGGGUUCGCCUCCGUCGGUGCGGCGAACCACCCCCUUGGCUGCUGCUGCGGGCAGUGCGGCCUCAUGGCGUCGCAGGCGCAUUCAGCCGCUCAAGCCUCGACUCAACAAGCCCGCAAGAAAGUCGCCGCUGCCCUGCGCGACGUCGACGCCAUUCGUGCCGUCCUCCUCCGCCUGGACGACAAGUUAUCGAGUACCUCGGCGGAACUGACCUACGCCGACGCCCUGCGCGAAUUUGAACUGGCGACGUUUACGGAGAACUAUCCCCUGGAAGUGGCGCGAGUCGUGCCAUCUGGCAGCGAGCGGCUGAACGACGAGAACCCGGCGCUCGACGAGGACCACUUCAUCGAGUACGACCCGACGGCCAACAGCAGCACCAUGGUGAUUAGGAAAUCU